AUGCCACGCAAGAAGGAAAAAUGGCCCUCGAAGAGAUCCAAGGGCUCCAAGGCCAGACCCGCAGUUUCUUUUGGCAGUCUUCGUGACUCUAUUUCUACAACUCCCACGACAAGGGGUCCCGCAAACGGGUUUUCAAUGAGGGAUGAGGCUAGGAAUACAGCAUCCCAUCACUCUUCUCCGUGGAACUCCGGGGACGCCAAGCUCCGCCUCAAGCCCGUCACAUUUGUGAGCGCCGGCUUAGCCGAGCCUCUCGAAGAAGAUGGGCUCUCUGUCGAACGGUCAGACGCGGAUACGACUGAAGACCCCGUCGAGGAUGCGACAAGUGUCAUUGGCGACACUGCAGGAGUCAGGAAUGCUGACAGUCCUGAGGCAGAGGUCGUCAGUGUCAUCAAAACCAAAACAAGCAUCGAGAACGUUGUACGAGAGCACGCGACAGUGGACCUCCUUGUUGGGAAGCAGCUGGUAGGUGAUGGUGAGGAAGGGGCAGCGGGUCAAGGGAGCGAAACGAGCUCGCUUUUUUUCUUCGACCUAGGGCAGGAUGGACCUGUCCUUGAUACUCUUCUUCCUCCUCCGCGAAUUCCGACUCCGAGAUCAGCAUCUGGCGAUUCCAUUACAAGCGAAGAUGUCAUCGUCUUCAGAGGUCGAUAUGCAAUCACCCAGGGAGUGCCUCGCAGGAAUGGAGCUUCCCAGUCUACGGCCCGCGUCUCGCCUCUAGAAACACCGCUCGAGCAUGACCCUGACGUCAACGCGCUUUUUAGCCAAUCGGAGUCUAAGCGCGUUGCGUCUCCCAUCCGAUCUCAACGAAGGGGACGAAAUCCCCAGCGAAGACGUUCGCAACCUCUGGAAGCCAUGGAAGAUGACGAGGACGAUAUAUUGGCAGAUUACAUUGCCAAUGUGGGCGCGGAUCCCGACAAUGGCCUGAUCGGUAGUCAAUUCCAGGUUUCCUCUGGCUAUAGGGAUCUCGGUGGCGACCACCAGGCAGUCAUGUUCGGACUUGGAGAGCAGACUUCACCCAGGUCGGACGAGUCAUCCGAUGAGGAAAGCGAACAGGGUGCGGCAACCGGUACUAGCGAUGCCGAAAGGGAUGCCUUUCCGGACGAAGAUGAGGACGACGGAAUGGAUGCAGAUAUGGACGACGAGACAUUCGCGCGUCGUCUGGCCCAACAAGAAUUGGGCUUCUGGGGUGACGAUCUUGGCGCUCUUUCGAGUUCCUUCACACGGACGGAAACGACAAAAGCACGGGGAAAACGUCCCGCCAACGGAGGGUCGAGCCAGGCUGUACCUGGGCGUGCGAGUGCUGCCCAAGUAGCAGACGCAUUUGAUAACCUAGACUUGACCGAUUUGAGUCAACUUAGCAUGCACUCACGCAAACGGCGCAGCAAACAACCCCCGAACUUCAAUGUAUCUGACUCGGAGAUUGAGGCAGCUCUCCGAACUGCGUGGCAGCGUGACAGAGAGAGGAAGAAGAGCCGCAAAAUGCAGCGUGAAGCGCUCCGUGCCGAGGGCCUGUUGGGCAAAAAUGCGAAUCCUGAUGACUUGCGCGUCAAGUAUGCCGCAGGGAUGAAGUUGGACGAUAUCAAAGCCGAGUUGACGUUGUUCCUUCUCAGCUCGGCGCCACGGCUUGACUUCCCCCCACUUGAUAAACAUGCGCGCAAGGUCAUUCACGAGCUAGCAAGCAGGUUCAACAUCAAGUCACAAUCUACCGGCAAAGGCGACAACAGGUGGCCGGUGCUUUACAGGACCAACCGCACUGUUCGGUACGAUUCGACCCAAGUUGAAGAUGUCACCACGAAUGUUGACCAGGCGGCGCUGCGCAUUCAUCGCAAAUACUUCCACCGCGUCGACGUUAAGGGUAAGAGGACCGAGGCCCCUAAAGCCACAAGCGGAGCGAGGUCUGGACACAAGGCAGUCACGCUACGGGAGGGAGAGAUCGUGGGAGCAUCGGUCCCGGAGCUCGGCCAAGAGAACAAGGGGCGUACAAUGCUCGAGAAGAUGGGCUGGAGCAAGGGGAUGGGUCUCGGCGCGCUGGACAACAAGGGCAUUCUAGAGCCUGUAGCGCAAGUUGUGAAGCGUUCCAAGGCUGGUCUGGGAUAA